CUGCAGCAUCAGCCCUUCAAGCAAAUGCCCUAUAUGGUGGACGAUGAAGCGGGUAUCGAGGUGUACGAGUCGAGGAGUAUCAUCAAGUACAUCGCCAUGCGAGUCAAGUCGACCCUGCACGUUAUGGGCGAUAUCAACCAAGUUGUGCGGUAUCAGACAGCCUGCGAUGUCGAGCUCGCGAAUUUCACCAUCUUCGCCGAACAGCUUACGUUUGAGUGUCUUUACAAGGAGAUGUUCACCGGAGUCCCGCCCGACCCGACCCUUGUCGCCUUCUUGAGUCGGAUGCUCGAUACCCGCUUGACCGGAUACGAGCGUCUCUUGUCCCAGCAGCCAUAUCUGGCAGGGCAAGAGCUCACACUCGCGGACCUCUUUCAUGUUCCUAACGCACUCGCUGUCCUUGAGGUAUCGCUUAUCAACGCCGAUGGCAAAUCGCCCAAUGUUGCGCGGUGGUGGGCGGAGAUCAGUAGCCGAGCCUCGUGGACUGAGGUGGCAGGCAUACUUGGGAGAAUUCCUACAUGA